AUGGGAUCGUUACCAAGCGAUAUAAUUCAUCCGAGUCGAGCCUUCACGAUCACUGGCGUCGAUUUUGCCGGUCCUAUAACGACUCUAGUUAACAAGGGACGUGGACGCAAGACGAACAAGUCCUACAUUGCUUUAUUUGUAUGUUUUUCAACCAAGGCCAUUCAUUUGGAAGCCACAAGCGAGUUGACAACCGCUGCAUUCAUCGCAUCCCUGAGACGAUUCAUCGGUCAACGAGGAAGGCCACGCACCCUGUACAGCGACAAUGGUACAAACUUCAUCGGAGCAAAUCGCGAAUUGAAAGAAGUUUAUCAGUUCGUUCGUGCAGAAGUAGAGACUGGCAUCGGUGACAUGUUUGCAAACGAAAACAUCGAGUGGAAAUUCAUUCCCCCCGACUCUCCACACAUGGGAGGACUAUGGGAAGCAGGGGUAAAAUCUUGCAAGUACCAUCUCAAGCGAGUUAUGGGCAACGUUCUAUUCACCUUUGAGGAACUGGCUACAGCGCUCAGUCAAAUAGAGGCUUGCUUGAACUCGAGACCGCUAUCUUCAAUGUCCGCGGAUCCAAUGGAUUUACAACCCCUCACGCCAGCGCAUUUUUUAAUAGGAGAAGCAUUGACGAGUUUACCUGACGUUAAUGUAACGACGAUUCCGCUGAACCGUUUAGACAGGUGGCAGAUGAUUCAGCGAGUAUUUCAAGAUUUUUGGAAACGGUGGGCGGCAGAGUACCUCAACAAUCUUCAGGGCCGCAGCAAGUGGCGAAUUGCAAAAGAGAAUUUAAAGGUCAAUGAUCUGGUGAUUAUAAGAGAAGAGAACCUUCCACCUCUCAAGUGGAAAUUGGGUCGAGUCAUAGAGUUGCAUCCAGGCAGCGACGGUCUAGUCCGAGUCGCUACAGUUCGCACAUCCGGUAAUAACGUCAAACGAUCCAUCGUAAAACUUUGUAAGUUGCCUCUAGCGUCAGAUUCCGAUUCACAAAUUAGCUGCGCUAAUUUGGUGGGCGAUAUGUUGGGCAUAGGACAUUAA